AUUUGGCACAAACAUAAUUUACUGCAAAUUCGAUCAUUUGGUAGCUUGACUUGCAGGGCAUGAAGCGACCACUUCGCUCGUUGCUGCUUGGUCUGCUGGUUGUGGUGUGCUCAAUGCCGCAGGACUUUGCUCCGCCUCCGGCGGUCGGAGUAGGCCAGCGGCAAAGCCUCCUUGCUGCAUUGCCCAUCCAGUUGAUGCUACUGGGUGGUCAAGAGGCUACGGCUCAAACCAUGAGCACUGAAGGAACUAGAAUUGACGCAGGGACAGCCACCAGCAUCAUCUUUACUGUUGUAGCCGCUCUGUUGGCGUCAGCCACAGCCUUUCUUGGCCAGGCUGUGAAUGCUCUGAAAGACAGCACCGAGACGCAGGUGACGGCUCUGAAAGACAGCACCGAGACGCACUGAAAGACAGCACCGCGGCUCUGAAAGACAGCACCGCGUCGCAGGUGACUGCCAUUGAGAAGAGGGUGGAGAUUGCCGAGACGAAGUUUGACCAGAAGUUUGACACCCUCACCAAGAAGAUUGACGCCCUCACAGCUUUGUCAAAAAAAACCUAAGCGUAGGUUUU